UCCCAAUUCCUAUCUUAACCCUCAAUCUUAACCCUCAUUCUCAAAAAUCCGCGCUCCCGCGAAGUGCUAGUGCUGUCCCGAUUCUCAGAGUGUUGAGUUGAGGGUCAAGAAUAAGGGCUGUAUGGCCCUCACUUUUAAGAUUUUCCAGGACCACCCUUGGCAAUAAGUGCUAUCCCAGAAUCCUUUGCGUAUCAUCCGCCGAGCUCAGCCGAACCCGGCCGAGUACAGACGAUUCAGUCAAUGCAAGAUGGCGGCGACAAGCGUAAGGAAGCAGAGUUAUCAAUGUGAGUAUUUUCCUCGUUAAUUGUUGUUUUAAAAUUAUGAUAACCAUUGCAUUAUCUUAGCUUAACAUCAUUUUAUGGACUAUAGACCUCUUUGUAGCAUAACACACGUAUUUUUGGUCACGGGCGAUGGCUUGCCUGCCCCACCGCACGUAACCUCGAUUCUCUGAUAACCGAGUAUGCUGUCAUUCAGUUACAAAAUUUUUCUCAGUGAUAAUAUAGUUGUUAAGUUGUUUUAAUAUACGUGAAAUGUUUGCAUCGACAUUUUUGUAAGAUGACCGGACGGUGUCAUCUCCUGUAGCCGUAGAGUCUGCAGCUGGUAUCGUUACAGCUGCAGGUUAACGUUAGUGAUCGUAUUAUCUGGUGACUUUCCGCUGAAUAAGUUACGUCGGUUGUUGUGGUACAGGUUAUUUGGCUGAAUAUCAACUUAUAACCCAAAGAGUGAAACGUUAACGUGGAUGAAAGUCACCAGAUAACACUUGUGUGACCGUGUAAACAUCCUCACCAGUUCUGCUGGAUGUUGACUACAGUAUUCAUUGUGAUAAUACUUGCAAUACUACAUGAAACUAAACUAAUAACUUAACGAAUAUCUGACAGGUAGCCCAAAAAAAUAAAAGAAAGUAAUGUUGUUAUCUCUGUUCCAUUUCAGGGCCACCAGACAAAACACAAGCCCUGAUUCAUUUCAGGGCCACCAAUGAAGACAAGUUUACAAAAAGCAAGCAGGCUCCAAAAAACUAUGGGAGUGAGUAAUUUGUAACUUGUGAACUGUUCAUAUUCAUAACAUAACUCUCGGUCACAACGGCAACUGUUCCCCUAGUGAUCAAGCAUUCUGUUUCAAUAUGAAGUCAGCACAGCUGCAGACGGCAUUGUCGAAGAUUAUUGUUUGGUAACUGUACAUUUGUUUUGCUGCCCCUAUACUGUCACUUUUUGGAAAGAUUUUGUCGAGUAUAUUCCAGGGUUCUUGCACCAUUUUAAAAGUAAAAUUUAAUGCUUUUUAAGACCUUUUUAAGACCUCAAAGAACAUAAUUUAAGACCCAAAAAUAAUAUAUAAAUAUCAAUUUAUUGACUUUAUGCGGAUAGUAACAGUACUGCUUAUGUGCUCUAUUCAAGUCAGUCUAUGGUCACUGUGGUCUUUCUGUGUGCGUGGCCUAUAAAUUUUAUGGUAAAUUUUGCAAACUAAUGAUUUUCUAUAGGUUUACUAACUGGUAAAAUCAUGUAUUUUGUGCUAAAAUACAACAUAUCUAAUGUGUAUUUACAACAUAGCUUGAUUCUAUAUCUCUAUUUACAGCUCAUUAACCCUUACGUGAAUGUUUACUGUUGCUGUGGCAACAAGUGACAGACUACAUUAGCUGCUAGAUUUGCCCAACCGUCAACAACAAUAACCCAUAAAACCACAAUUCGGCAUAUUUACACAUAAUAAACCACAUCUACCAACAGUUACACCCCUUAAACUCUGAACUAAUGUGUUGUUACCUGUUAGAUUGUCAAAGUGACCAUAGACCUGUGACCUAAAUAUAGUACAUAACCAGUCCUCUGCCGACUCUGUCCGGAGUGCACUGAGCACCAGGGAAGUGUUGGUGUUUACACCGCUAGUAUAAGAGCUUUGGAUUGCAUUAACGUUGCUCAAUUUUACACCAUACUUAAGGGUCAUUCUCACUGCCGCGAUACGGAAAUGCGAAACGGAAUAUUUGCGCAAAGCUUUUCCGUGCUCAAACCAUACACACAGGCGCGGUACGGACGCGGUGCGAAACUUCACGUUGUUGUGUUCCAAGUCCGCGCUGCGUGAACGGGUGUGGGUGAACAUGGACGAGAGUAGCAGCAGCAGCAUCGAGUUAGCAAGCUAACAUUUAACAAGUGUCAACAUCAACUUUCUUUAGCACUUACCACUCUCACCGCAGCCACCAAGCUGGACAAAGGACUGCCAGACGUCCUUUAAUUCAUUGUUCAUAAAAUCAUCCCAUCUUUUAUCAAAAAGGACGGGGUGCUGUGUUUAUCAACCCUUCUCCCAUACUGUCCUGCCUGACUGCAUUUCGGACUCUCCCGGGUCUACGCGACUAUAAACAAACCAUUGGCCCAGAGUGUAGUUCCGCCAGCGAAUUCCACGGGGGAUCAAAGUCUGGGCGGAAACUUUUUUCACCACAUGAAAGUUCCGCCCCGGUGUGCAAACUUCCAUAAGAACCCAUAAAAUCAACGUUUAUAUUUUUCCGCGAGAAUAAUCCACACGAAUAUUCGCCCUCAGUGAGAAUGGACUUUUAGUAUGAAUAAUAUAUGUGAUUUCAAACACAAUCAUAAGGUUACUUACACUGAAAUGACCCAAGAUGUCCUCGGCUCUGGAGUGACCCAUGAACUCCGACCCUUAGUAACGGAGAUGACAUGAUGUGUGCCAGUCACAUCAGUAGUCCAGAACCGCAAAUGAAGGUCCAUUUGUUUGCUCUUUGUCGUUUCAUUCAUGCUUUUGUCAACCAUGACAACUUAUGGCUUCCAGGGUUCAACGCUAAGGUUUUUUUUUUCCUCUAGCCCGGUCGGGCAAGUUGGUCAGAGAUCUACUUGCCCGAAGUCAGUUUUUACUUGCCCUAUAAAAAUUGUUUAAUUUAAGCGGCUAUCAAAUAACAAAGACUGCAGUUAUUUUUAUGUUAUGUAAUCUUUAUUCACACUGUAUUUAUUAAUUAAAACAACAUACGUCAUGCAUUGUAGCUUAAUUCCUACACAAAAAUGACAGUGUCAGGGCUUAAAGUGAAAAAUUUGUCCAUCGUUCUCCGUCUAUAAUUUUGCGCCCUACUUGAGCCAUGCCCACCUCUAUUUAUUUUUCACCCCUCUCUCCAGUUCUGCUGUAUUAACACCAGGUUUAAUAUACUUUGCUUCCAUCUCUCUGCACUGCUCUACUGUACUUCAACGCUACUUAGCUCUCUCUCUACUCUACCAGUAGACUACCACAUCCACCUGUUGCACAAAACGCACACAGCAGUGUUUCCCCUAGGAAGGAGUUGUAGCAGCGGAGGUGAAGCACACGCAUGAAAAAUAAUUUUCACGUGUGAAACUUUUUUGUAUGCUUGCAAAGCACAGCCUGCUGGGAUGCUUCUAUGUAUCUACUGGCACCAGAAGGGCUCUUUAGGACUAAGUACAUACAGUACAUGUGUGCACAGUAAUGAGCAGGUGAAAUGUCUGUCUAGCUUACAUAUGAGGUGUCUCAAGAUUUAGGAACAUACAAUUUUAUUUAAUGUAAUAAAUAGUGCUGCAUGAUUUGAUAAAAAUGUGAGAUUGCGAUUAUGGUGGACACUAUUGCGAUUGCGAUUACAAUAUAAUUACAAUAAAAUGUAAUAAAUAAAUGGUAUCAUGAGUCUUUUUUGCUUGAUUCAAUGUUUCCCCUACAUUAUAUUAGGGGGGCACUGACCUGACAUAGUUAUUGUUAUGGACAGACAGUGUGUCAAUGCCCAUCAACAGACUGAGCACAGUCAAACACGCUGCUCACACAGGGGUGCAGCACAUCUGCAGAUGAAAAUUAGCCUGUAUGGCAGCAGCAUGUCAUGUGGGCCGAAACAGAGCAAAAUUGCUCAAUUUUUCAUUUGUUAAGGAGUCCGUGAUUUCCCUGUGACACUUACAAAUGUUUGCUUAACUGUGCUUGGAUGUUGUUUUAUGAGGCUCUGACGACUUUCAGUUGUCUCUUUGUCUUGAACGUUACACGGCUCGGCUUUCUCUUGCAUGCACUAUUCCUACUUUUCCGUGUGCUGUCUCAAGUGUUGAUAUAGAUUGGUCGUGUUGCCCCGGGACGUGGCGACUUUAACUUUUACACUUAAACAACACGUCUUUCUGUUCAACGUCGCCGUACCUAAAUCCAAAGUACCGCCAUGUAACAGGCGUUUUUUUCGCCACCAACUCAGCCUGUUCAUGGUCGAGCUCAUGCUCCUCUUCAGCGUCUGUGUUGGUCACUGCUGCACGCCGGCUGCACGCACCAGGAUAGCUUGUGGGCGUGAUGUCAACAAACUCCACACACUACAGGAGAGGCAGUCACGUUCACAGGCACACACGUUAACAUUUAUUUAGCCUACAUUAAAUCGCAAAUCGCAGCCUUUUAUGCGGUUAUGUAAUCGCACAGCCUGACAUCGCGACUACGAUUAGAUUAAUCGUGCAGCACUAAUAAUAAAGUAAAAAGUCACUUGACAUGCUGCUGUUUUGUGCUGUUAUUUACGUGACAACGCCUAAACGCAACACAAGCUCUGCAUGAGUGCCGUACUGAGCUGCUGUGCGAGCAGCGUGUUUGUCUGUGCAUAACAGCAGUCUGUUGAUGGUUAUUUACACAGUGUCCAUUUCAAUAACUUUGUCAGCUGACAAACUGCACCGGGCUCAGGGUCAGGUUUGGUCAGGAAAAUGCGGCCCGAGCCGCUCUACCGUGCUCAGCUGUGUGUGUGGCGGAACUCCGCCGUGCGCCUGCAUCAGAGCAGAAGAGCAGAAGAGCACGUUUUAAAAUACAUUUAUUUUAUCAAUUAGUCAUUAACUUUUACUAUUUUUAGCAACUUGUCCGAUCGGGCAAGUGAGGUUGUUAGUUUACAUGCCCGACCGCGAGUUUUACUUGCCCCGGGCAAUCCUUAUUGUUGAGCCCUGGCUCUCACUCACGCUGCGCGCGAUAGCUCCUUUUUGAUGAAUGAAGCGAUACCAUAUUUGGCGACAUAUGCAGUUUUAUUUUCACCACAGGUGAAUGAUUUGGCAAGCUGGGAAUCAGGGAACAUGGCGGCAAAGAUGUCUCAUAUGUCCUCGUUAGAUCUUAACAAAUUGUGCCUUGCCACAGUAUGCAGAACCCACAGUAGCUCUGCCUUUUGGGUGUCUGGCGGUGAAAUGAAUCUCGUCAUAGCCAACUGAAAGGUGGCGUCUGAACUUGUAACGUCCUUCGGUCGCGCUGCAAACAAUGCAGGGAUUAGCCUGGCCCUGCUAUUGCUAACUGCUGCCAUGUGCCGCUGGUGCUUUACUCCUUUUAUGUGAGACUCGACGGCUUUGAGCCCCAUGGUCCGUAAAGAAAAAGUCUUCUUACAAAAUGUGCACAUUGCCUCGUUGUUGUUUGCCGGUGCCAACCACCUCUUAAACCAGUGUUGAGGGUAACGCGUUACAAAAGUAAUGCAAUUACAGUGAUUAUUACUAUUUGCUGUAACGCAGUAAUACAACGCAUUACUAAUAAAUUUUCGGUAAUAUUUUACCCAUUACAAUUUAAGUAACGCGCGUUACAAUGCAUUAUAACCCGACUAGCUGUUGUUUUUUAAAGAAUUCUCCAACACAGCGACUCGCGAGACAUUCCGACAACGGAAAAAAAGCCGCAAGUAAGAGUUAUUUCCUGUUGCUGAAAUUCGCUGAGGCUGAGAUGACAACAGACACGACGCUGGACUCUACAUUUGCGCGAUGGACAUUCACCCAUUAUUUUCAGUUCCUCAGAGAGAAGGAGAAAAACAUAAUUGUAAAAUGCAAUCUGUGUGUGACACCGAGGGAACUCUUGACGUCAAAAAAUAGCACGAGUAACUUAAAGAAACACCUGGACCGGUGCCACGCUAACACUAAACUGAGAGAGAGAGAUGCACCUGCGGAGAAGAGAAAGAAAAAAGAGGACGAGCAUACGGGACAGACAAAGCAACAAAAGUUAAGUUUCUCUCGGUCUGCCAUGGUUCUUGAAGCCAGAGAAGUGAGGAGACUGGUGGCAGAAUAUAUUGUGGAAGACAUGCACUCCCUAUCAACGGUAGACUCGCCAGCGUUCAGAAAGCUUGUCAGCAAAAUCCCUGUGAACACCAGCAAUGACAAGCAUGUACUGCCUGACAGAAUAACAUUCGCCAAAGAUUUGGACAAGGCAUAUGCUGUCAUGGAGAAGGAGCUGAAGAAAACACUCGAAGCCCAGCAGUAUGUGUCAACAACAGCAGACAUAUGGAGUGCCAACAACAAAAGUUUCAUGGGGGUCACUGUGCACUGGAUUGAUGCAGAUACCUUGGCACGAAAGAAGGCUGCAAUAGCUUGUAAAAGAUUUAGGGGUCGACACACAUAUGAUGCAAUUGCAACAGAGCUAGAAGACAUUUUCUCUCAAUAUGGACUGACCUACAAUAAAGUGACUGCAUGUGUGACGGACAAUGGGAGCAACUUUGUAAAGGCGUUCAAGGAGCAUCAGCAGCAUCAAGUGGAGUUGGAGGAGGAGGAGGAGGAGGAGGAGGAGGAGGGCGAUGGUGAGGUGGAGUUUACAGACCUUCAUAGUGUGCUGCUUACUGCCAAUGAUGCGCAGCACGGACAAUGUGUACUGCCUCCCCACCAUAGAUGUGCAGCUCAUACACUUAAUCUCACUGCAAACAAUGAGGUUGUUAAUUGGCUGGUAUCUAAUCCAGAAUCAAGGGCUGUGUAUCGUAGUGCUACAGCUAAAUGCUCAGCACUGUGGACAAGGGCCAGCCGCUCCACCAUCGCAUCAGAGUGCCUGGAAGAGGUCAGUGAAAGAAAGGCAACACGGUGGAUCUCAUUCUAUAACGCCUAUGCCCGUGUCAUAGAAAUGCCCCUCACUGAAAUCAAUAGCCUAUGCACACAGCUUCAGAUUAAAUGUAUGAAUGACAGGGAAUACCAAUUUCUCAAGGAAUAUUGUUACAUUACGAAGCCUUUCACAGUUGCAUUGGACAUCCUACAGGGUGAGGACACUUGCUUUUUUGGAACAGUUCAACCAACACUCGAAGUAUCGCAAAUGACCACUGGGCUGCCUGAAGUUAUUGUGGGAACAAUCAAAACUCGAUUUGCUGCGAUGAUUGAUUCUAAGGAUGCACUUCUGGCUGCUGUCUCGCUGCCAAAGUUCAAGCUGCGCUGGGUAAAAGAAGAAGCCAGAAGAGACCCCAUCAAGUUCCUCCUCACAACGGAGUGCCGCUCCCUAACAGAAGAGUCUACAGCCCUGAUGCCCGAUCCCCCUCAACCUGCUGCUGUUGCCUCCAGCGAGGAUGACUUUUUUUCUUUUGAUGUACAGCCCAGUGCCACAGCUGAUGCACCCAUGUCAGUGGAAACAGAGGUAAUGUCUUAUCUCAGUUCUGCCCCUGUGAUGGAAAGCCUGCACAUGUUUCCAAGGAUUAAAAAAAUUGCACUCUGCUAUAACACCACAACACCAUCCAGUGCACCAGUAGAAAGACUUUUCAGUCUUGGGAAUCUUGUGCUCACCCCAAAACGCAACCGUCUUGGUGAUGGACGUUUUCAGUGCCUUCUCCUGAUGCGCUUCAACAGAUAUUUCAGUCAAGUGGGUGGUGGAAUAGGCUAGUCCCCCCACCGCACCCUAGAACCACAAGUAGGCUAUGUCCAGGCCAUAACUGCCUUUAUAGUUCUGUUUACUUUACAAGCCUUCUAGGCUGCAUGCUAACUCUGUCGUAUAGGCCAUUUGGCAGCAACAGGUUUCCUGUUAAGCAUUCAUUUUUUAUUUUCAAUUUUAUGUACAUUUAUUUAUCCAAUCUUACAUUUUUUUGUGAAGUUGGGAGUGAAAUGACUGAGCUGUAUUUCCUAUUUGUCUAAUAGGCCCAUGCACUUUUAUUUUAUUUUCAGUAUUGAAAUAUGUGCUUUAGCUAAAGUUCUAGCUAUAAGUGAUUGCAGUUUUACCAGCCUUUCUGUGGUAGCCUACAUUUUAGCCAUUUUUUUUGGCAAAUUGCCUGGUUUCUCUGGCCUGUGUUUUAUUGAUUAGCAGUUGUAGGUUAUGUUUAAAUUACAUGUUAAUUUUUGUUGAACUGAAAUGACUGAGCCAUGUUCCUUGAGGUCUAGUCCUCCAAAAGCACUUUUUGAUUUUUCAUAAAGCAGAAGUUAUGUCCAUUCAGUGCAUAGCAUCUUUGUGCUGUUUGAAUUAAAAGAGAAUAAAACAAUAGAAACUAAAAGAAAAAGAGAUUGUGUGUUUGUCAUAUCAUAAGGCUAUAGGUUAUGUUAUAGUAGGCUCUAGCUCUAUUUCGUUUCAUAUGAAUAGGCCAAGACUUUAAAUAUUUGCAGCAUCUCUAUCAUAACUUACAGACUUUGAUCCUUUGUCUGCUUGUAUGAUUCUAACAGUCAUUGUUACUUAUUGUAUUGCGUCAUGAGCCUUUACUGUGCCUAUUAUAUUAAAUUGUUAGUAGCUUUAGGGGCCUUCACAGUCAUUAUGUUACAUCACCCUCCACUGUGUAAAUAAUCAGCUACAUCAAUCUGCAUUUUAGCAUUUUAAAUGCUUAGUCAUAUAUUUCUGCGGCUAUUUUGUUGAAAGUAACUCAAAAGUAAUGCAAAAGGAGUGUAACACAUUACAAUUCAGAGAUAGUAAUAUUGUAAUGUAACUAAUUACUUUCAAAUGGCAGUAACUAAUAAUAUAUAAUGUAUUAUACAACAGUUAGUUCCAGCCCUGCAAUCUGAUUGGUUGAGAGACAGUAAAACCGUGAUGAUAUUGGAGUACAAUAUCACGGUUAUUUCACUCUGUAUGUAUCACUCCACUUCACAGCUGAUUGCAAUCAACAAUCAAAUCAAAACUGGCGGUUAGUGUCAGUUAGGUCAGCAGUUGCGUUGUAGUUUAAUUAAUUCAUCCACUGUCAAACAGCCAAAAAUAUGGAUUUAUUUCCUAAAAUAAGUUUUGAAUUGAACUAUGAAUGGUCAUCAGAGGAAGAUGAGGGAGAGGAGAAGCUGAAUCCAUCUGAACACACAUCCAGGUUUGUCAGUGUUUAAUCAGCGGAGCUCAAUGACUUGGAGAAAAGCAACAUACUGUCAGGUCAGAAGGCAGAGUCGGCUGUGCCUGUGAAGCGACAGUCCACCAUGCAGUCACCAGAGACUUAUUUCACCGGCUGCACAAUUAAUGGAAAUGUGCAGAUAAAUGUGUAUGAAGAGUAAGUGCCUGGCGCACCAUGUUUGCGUUACAUAGCAACGGUGACAGCGGAGUCCUGAGGGAACUAUUUUUGUUGGCGGAAGACAAAUAAAAUGCUUAAAUUAUCUAUUUUGUCCUCAUUUUCAACAUUUCUUAAUCAGCCUUGCUUAUUUAACUGUUGAACUGUUGUAUAAAAGCAAUAUCACACUGCGCCUGCGGCCUCGUGCCUAUGACCAAAUCACAGCCGUGACGAUAUCACAGUACAACAUCACGAGCUCGAGUGUGAUAUUGCUUAAUUAUAUUUUGGAUGUAACUUGCCCAACACUGUUCUAAAUACGUCCUCCUCCAUCCACUUCUCGUUAAAUUUACAUUUCCCCAUCUCUGCAUCUUCAACCGCUCACCUCGAUAUCCACGAAAUGCGUGUGCCCGACGUCAGCGUCUGUAGCAGACGUACCGUAAAACAGCUAUUAAUCAUGGAGACUCAUUUAAGACACCGUACCAUAUAGGCACUAUACUAAAUUAAUCACACAAAUACACACUAUUAUAUGUUUUACGGUGGGCCACUGUGCUUUCCCAUCGGCAUUUAACGCACCGGCUGAAAAUUUAAUACCUACAGCAAAUUUACGGUAAAUUUAAGACAUUAAUUACCCGAAUUUUAAUUUAAGACAUUUUAAAGGACCCGCGGGAACCCUGUAUUCGUUGCAACAUUUAUGUUCUAUUUUCACUACUGUACAAAGAUCUGCUGUUUGGAUUUUAUGAUGUCAGCAUUUCAAAACAAAAACAAUUCUAUAUCAUUAAUCUAUUUAUUAUCUUAGCAAAAUUCCAUAUUCAUAAGAGUAAAUUUUGUAACAGAAAAUCCUUGUUCAAUAUUUUUCUGAAUGAAAUGCAGCAAUACUUAGAAACCAUUCAGCACUCCACAAACUCCGAAGCUAUAAAGACUCUGAAAAUAUGUAAACAAUUUAAUUGUUUGAGCUGCUGAACUUUUUUUAUUUAUUUAUUUGUUUAUUUUAUUUCUUUCUCUUUCCUCUUAACCCUGGCAUAUUUGUUCUGUUCAUGUCUGUCACUGCUUGUUUUGUACAAGAAUUGAAAUAAAGUGUUGGGGGGGGGAAAAAAACUCAUCACAUCUUUUUAUCGACAACUACUGAUGACAUAUAUUUCUUCUUCUUUGAACUGACAGACUGGAUGGAGUUUUGGCAUAUUGCUGCCCCCGACAGUCUUAAGACGUAUUUGCCUUUGAGGGGUGUCCCAUUUUAAAGUCACAAGAUAGCCCUUAACACUUGGUUUUGAGGGCUACUGAGAUUGAGGGUUGAGCUUGAAAAUUAAGAUUGAGGGUUAAGAUAGGAAUUGGGAUUGGGCCUAAAUUGAGGUUUGAGCCAAAUUUGAAAAAAAUCCCUCAAAGCAUUCCUGAGAUAUUGCAUUCACGAGAACUGGACGGACUGACAGACAAACAGGGUUAGGGUUAGGGUUAGGGAUGAAUGGACACACAACUCAAAAACACAUUGUUUCUGGCCACAGCUAUCACCAGUACAGAGCAUUAUAAUGAUAUAGCAUUGUUGUGUGUUCAACAUUUCUGUUUGUAACAAAUAUAACAACUGUAGAAUUGAGUACCGUACAUUAGUAGGAAAUGGUCAUGGUGAGAGGAUAUAAACACAAACAUUCCUUAGAUCAAAAUUUAGAUCAGAACUUCUUCACAGGAUAGAGACAGAAUUAUUAUCUUUAACACAGGACUAAAACUCAGGGUGGAAUGUCUGUGAGUAUAACUGAGACAUCACAUCGUGGCAUGGCAUAAAAUGAAAGCUUCCUUCUGUACUGAAAGGAAGUCUUUCAAUGAAGCACUGCCAGUGCUGCUGC